AUGGCUUCCCAAUGGUACCCGUCUUUCUCUUUGGUCUUUCUUGCCAUGGUCACCCUCAUUCUCACCCAAAGUGCCGAGGCACGAUUCCGUGGCAUCAACCAGUUCUGCAAGACCUCCGACUACAGAGCCCUCUGCACAAGAAUGGUCCACGGAGCACCCAGCUUGCACGAAGCAACAGCCAACGCAAUCCACUCAGCUUUGGGCCUGGCAACACAGAUGCAGUCAAUGAUCCACCUAAUUGAGCCGACACUUGUCGAUCUCCCUCUGCAGAGCAAAGACUCCAUUAUCCAAACAUGCAAGGAAAACUUUGAUUCCGCAGUGGACAACCUGAACCAGGCCUUGCAGUAUCUAUCAGCCGGGGACUCCAACAGCGUGAACAGCUACUUGUCGGCGGUGACAACCUCUGACUGCUCAGACGGAUUCCAGCAGUUGGGUGCUCUUAUCCCUGAUACAUUGGCCAAGAUUAUUGGGCUGUUGGAUAGAGAAAAAUAUGGAGCUUUCUGGGUUGGAGUGGGGAUAUGCGUGCAUGCAUGCUUCUACUGCACCAGGAUUACUGGCAUAAGAGAAAUUGUUAAUGCUUAA